UGUAACUACGGUAAUCGGAAAUAGGUCUGAAGGUUGAAGCUUUCUAAGCAUGCUGUCGCUUGGAACCGAACCAUCGUCGCCUUCCUGAUAAUCUUGUCUGUAGUUUAGCCUGGGUUAUAUCCUACUGUAGGGGAACUUCUGAGUGGUGUCUGGACCGGGUAGAAAUAGCAGUCACAACAACAGAAUCGAUCUUGAAAUGACGAGGCUUACAGAAGUCUUAAAUCGGGGCCGACGACCCGGUUAUCAUGGGAAGUUCACCAAUUACAAAGAAGUGUUUCCCUAUAAACUGCCUUUGCCUCCGAUCCUUAAGAACAGUGUAUCGAAUAAGAAAGACAAAUCGAAAGUGGCACCCUGCCUGGAGGAAAUUGGAUUGUUGCUGACUUGCUGGAAAUCUUCAGAUUUUUCCAUGAAAGGAUGCGAGAAGGAAGUAAAGGCUUUUAACGAAUGCUAUGCAGCGUCUCUGAAUCAACCUCCUCAAACUGGAAGCAGACUUUCCGCAGCAGAAGUGAACAAAUUACUCAAGAGGUUUCCUCAGCCUCCACACUCAUACAAGUAGAGGGUCCAGUGAAAGGUUUUUAACAAAGGGAACAGCGUGUGUGAAGGGUCCAGUGUUCAAUUCACAUCAGAUGUCUACACAGUGCUUCAUGUAUCAUCAUGCCAAUGUCAGCAAAUUGAAGAAUAUUCCAGUUAUAUAUGCUAUAUUAUCCUGGAAUUAUUGUUAGCAGUAGUAUUAAGGUGUCAAGCUGGCAAAAUCAUUGGAGCAUUGGGAAAAAAAUGCCUUGUAGCGUUCAUUCUGACUUUUCUGGUAUCAAUUAGCCCCUUCCCUCAAAAUUUCUGGCCUUGCGCCAAAAUUUGAAACCGUUAUUAUUAUUAUUAACAUUAUGCUGUGAUGAUCUGUUUGAAAGUGCGAAAUGACCUGAAAGAAAUUUGGAAUAAAAGAUUGUAAAUAAAGCAA